AAGGUAAAAAACAUUUACCAAGGUAAUAAAAAAAACCUGCAUUCCUCAAUAGUCAUGCAUAUGCAUUUCGAUUCAGAAUGACUGUAGAUGUGUGUUUGUUGGCUGUUGUGUCGCUUGACUGCAGUGAUUGUGUGACUGUGUUAAAGGCUUUGUCAUGUGUGCACACAGUCCCUUUUACUGCAGAGGUGUACAAAGCAGUGGCAGCAUCACUUUGCUCAGUUUACCUACCCUGUAAACACUUGGCUUCUGUUUGAGGAUCUCACCAACCCACUGCAGGGGUGGUCCAACAGCAAAGAAGUAAAGGUGGGGUGAGAGAGGGAGACUCAAGUCUGAGGGAGAAACAGGAGUAGUGUAGUUCGAGUUGUAGUGGUGGUGAGAGGAAGAUGAGGACAAGCUGUGUUUCAAUUCUGGAGAAGGAGAACAACAAAAGAUAGAAAAGCUGAAGAAGAGCCAAACAUCAGGGCAUACAGACCUCAAGUUCUUCAUCUGACAGAAAGAGAGAGAGAGAGAGAGAGAGAGAGAGAGAGAGAACAGGAAAAUCAGCUGAGAUUUCUGGGGAAAUAAUCCAGAUGGGAUAAGUGUCUUGUCAUUAUAUUGGCAUUAAAAGCAAGUAGAGGGAGAAUCUGACCAUCCAAAUUAAUUCCCACUUUAGUACAUACAGAAGAGAAUCACUGGCAGUCACUGACAAGGUUCUCCAUCAACAAGGCCAAACAACCUGGUUCUCCAUGUCGGAGUCGGAUUGGCCUCUUGCUUCUCCCACUCCCCUUCCCCAGUGUGACUACGGAGAAUGGAGUGCCACUCGAGUGCUGAUUCCAGCUAUUUACCUCCUAGCCUUCAUAGUUGGUACAUUUGGAAAUGCCUUAGUGCUCUGCGCAUACCUGAACUGCCGUGGAAGAUGGCUAUGGAGGAUUAGGUGCCACAACAAAUCCGAACCUUCCUAUAGACCUUCCUCCUCUUCACGUUCCAUAACGGAGUCUUUAAUUGUCAGUUUGGCCCUGGCUGACCUUGCUUUUGUCACUACUCUCCCUCUGUGGGCAGUCUACACGGCCCUGGACUAUCACUGGCCGUUCGGCAGCUUCCUUUGCCGAGCGAGCAGCUACCUGGUGGCACUGAACAUGUACGCCAGUGUGUUCUCUCUGGCUGGACUCAGUGUUGAGCGCUACUGUGUGAUCAAACGGCGUAACCCCAGCAAGAACCUAGCGCCAGUUAGAGCCUGGUACAUCGUAGGGUGUGUGUGGAUGGCAGCCAGCGUCCUUGCACUUCCCGCUCUACUUCUACGAACUGUCCGAGAGGUGGAGGGACAUUCUGAUUGGCUGGAUGAUGGUGAACAUAACAAUAAUAGUGGUCCACAGUGCUUGUGUGACAUGGACUAUUCUAUUUUGGUCUCACAAGACCUUGAUCCAGAAUCACGAGAGCGAGCCGAGGUGAUCUGGUCGGCACUACUAGGUUUGAAGUCUACCGUCUUGGGUUUCCUGCUUCCUCUUAUUGUGCUGCUGCUUUGCUACUGCUCUCUGGUGAAUUUCUUGUCCCGCCACUUUCGUCUUGGACCUCACCCCGAUCGACAGCGCCAACGCAAGCUCCUGCGCAUUGUUAUUGCCCUCGUGCUAGCCUUCUUCCUCUGUUGGCUGCCCUUCCACGCCAAUAAAACCCUGUCAGAUUUGGUUGAACUUGAUAUUUUGCCCUAUUCCUGCGGCUUUGACCGCUGGCUGGUUGCUGUCCACCCUUAUGCAAUCUGCCUAGCAUACAUCAACAGUUGCCUGAACCCACUGCUCUAUGCCUGCUGUGACCCAGCCUUCCGUCAACGAUGCAAAUGUGCAGUCAAGCCUUUUUGGAGGAGACGCAAGGGAGAAAGAGAUGACGCAGAAGACAGAGAGACAGGAACAAGGGAUGAACUGGAAGAGGAUAAAAUAGUGAGAGAUACAGGACACAGAUCCAAAACAGGAACAGAAUACUUUAAGUGCACCAUAUAGCAUUUAAUAUGAAUUUGAAUAUGAAACAUUUUUAUAUGAAUUACUGAAAGUAUCAUGAGGUGUAGAUUGUUUGUGUAAGUGUGUUUACUGGUACUGAAAGUGUACGGUGACAAUGUGGUCAUUUCAGUUUUCCAGUUAUGUUUUUCCCCAUGAGUGGGUGCUAAGAUUUCCUCUAUAAGCUCUCAGAAACAUGGACUGAACUGUAGGAAAGAAACACUGACCACAGUGGCUUUAAGGCAGAGGGAAAGUCUGGUACAUAAAUCUUUGUGCUGGAAUUAAUUGAGUAAAUUCAUAACACUAUACCAAAUAAGUAUGUGAAAAUAAAAAAGUACAUCCUCCUGACACUUUGUAAUGUAGUCUUGUAAAUGUGAAUAUGAAAUGUAUAUAAAACAGGAACAGAUAAUUGAUACUUACAGUGCGUAAGUAUUCAGACCUCUUCAUG